AGAUAAAUGGUUCAGAACCAGUGCCAGGGAUGUCACGACAAGAACAUCCCCGUCCUGAAAAUGCAGUUAAUGACGUGCUUACGUGGAAUUCCUUGCAAAUAACGAGCCCACGAUACUUGAACUUAUCUUUACCCUCUGAUGUUUUUCCGUGGACACCACUUACAGACGAUACUCUUUUACUCGAUCAGUUACCAGUAGAGAUGCCACUAGAACCUCGCAAUCAAGGAAUGUAUCGUUCACUUGAGCGUAUUUACACCGAGCGCAUGGACAGAUACCAGCCAAAUUACUCUUCAUUGCGGGAUGAAGAGUCCGUUGACCAGAGAACCCUCAUAGAAGCUCACGGAAGACGUAGGUCAGCUAUUAUCAAAAGGCCUGUACGAAAUCAUUCCAUAAACCAAGAAGUAUAUUCUAAUCCGGUUAUAAGUGACAACGAUGAACUCCAAAUUAUUACGUCGAAUGACGGGGCAGGAUAUCCGAGUCGUUUUACUCAAUGGCAAGCUGAUGAACCACAGAUUAUAAUCACAUCCGACAUUCAAAUGCAAACGGACGAUGGAGAUGCAAACUAUGAAGUUACUUUUACCGUUAAUCCGUCGUCUACAGCCGGAUUUUCGUCGUCGCGUCGCGUUCGACAAAUUCCCCAUCCCGAAGCCGAUGGUAGGCGCUUAUAUUUUGUUUCAUCUACGGAUAUUACCAGCAGCUCUGUGUCAAAUGCAAUACCCAGUUACCAAAAUGGACACCCUGCAAACAACGUUACUGAUCGCGGCACACAAAUGUCUCCAGAGCCUUACGAUAACAAUGAAGUGUAUGAAAACAAUGUUACUGAUCUCAAUCCUGGAAAUUCAGAAAAUGUAGCGUUAAGUUUAGAAACUUUAGAAACAAUUAACCUAGAUUCGGAAAGUCCAGACACGCAAAGUUUACAUCCAACGAAUAGUAGAGAAAUAACAAGAGAAGAUUUGCACUCGAUAAAACCAAUGCUUAAUUAUUUUUCUCCCAAGUCUGUGGGAGUCAGUGGAUUGAAUGCAGCUUCAUUCGGACCGUACGAAAUGCAUGUUCACUCAGCACCUGUUCCUGCACUACCAGCUCCUACGUUGGAGGCUCGACAAGUUGCAAAUAGGGUAAUCAGACACGCAAGAAGCAACAGAACUCUUGAUGGAAGGUUAUUAAAUUGCUUGGAUUGUGACCACAUUCCUGUUUUGCCGGUAACUGGACAGUGCGGUCACACGCGGUGCACUAUGUGCAUUCAAAACAACGGAUCGUGCACUUGCGGGGUAGAGGCUCCGACAAGUUUGCACGUUAACACUGUCGUCCAGUAUUUAAUUAGAAAAAUGUUGCCACACGAUUUAACACAAAGAGAUUCCCCGAAUAGUUGGCGUCGUGAUGAAACCCUAAUCGUCACAGCAGAUGCUACGUGUCCGUCGGUAAUGAGGCGCCGACGGCGGGUGCGAAUCCGCCGCAACCUAAAGUAUUACGUCAGGAUAUUUCCGUACAUCAACGAACGGAUGCCGAUGUUACCACAGGAUCAGUUUGAGUAUGCACGCCGUUUGGUGACGCUGGGUCGGUAUCGCGACGCAGCGCCCCACUUCGCCCGCGUCGCUGCCUCUUACAUACCAUUGGCGCACACAGCACGAAGGUUAUUAGCUCAGUUAAUAGUCGUUCUCGCAGAAGGUCGGGAUCCGCGUCGCAUCACCCGCGACCUCUUCAAAUCUGUGCGGCUUCAGUCAGCCGCUAGUUGGAUCCGAACUGGCGACCUGGAGUGCGUACUGUGCUAUAGUCCGUACACGAAACCCGUGACCACACCUUGCGGGCAUACGUACUGUAGGACUUGCAUCGAGCAGGCUCUCGACUACAGGAAGGCGUGUGCACUUUGCUCCAGGCCGCUGAACGACUUCAAUCUGGCGACGGCCAAAGAGACGACGUUCGUCAGGGCCGCUUUGGAAGCUAUCGGCGCUUAUGGGCCGCCUCUACCGCCUGACCCAGAUGUUAUACCUAUUUUCGUUUGCACCGUCGCGUUUCCAUGUAUUUCGUGCCCGCUCCUGAUCUUUGAUCCUCGUUACUGGCUCAUGAUCAGGCGCGUGUUGGAGUCGGGCUCGCGCAAGUUCGGCAUGGUCGCCUAUGACAAGGACAAGGAUUAUUCAGACUAUGGAACGAUCCUAGAGGUUUGCGACUGCGUUCAGUUGCAAGAUGGCCGUUCAUUACUCUCUACGGUCGGCGUUUCCCGUUUCAGGGUCAUUGAAAGGCAUGUUAGAGAUGGAUGCGACGUCGCUCGUAUUCAACCGUUGACGGAUAUAACACCCACAGAUGAGUUUGUAAUGCUGGAGAUGCGUUUGAUGGGCUCCCAAGUGUUGUGCAAAGCCUUAGUAUGGCUGAACAGUAUGAAUAAGACUGUUCGCCAAGAGAUAGAGACUUCGUUCGGUCAAAUCCCGAGGUCGGACGACGUCAACGAGGACUGGUGUGUCAGCCCCGAUGGUCCUGCUUGGCUGUGGUGGCUCAUAGCCAUAUUGCCGCUACGGUCGGAAAUUAAGAUUCUGAUUCUUUCGACGAAGAACCUUCUCAAAAGGCUGAUGGCCGUUUCCCGUACAUUGGACGCCAUAGACCAAGUGGCCAUAACCACUACUUCUACUUCAGACUGCGAAAUACGAAGUGCCCUCACCAACGCAGAGGAAUGGCUCGAAAGGGGCUCUUGA